AUGUCGCAAAUGAAAUUCGCUGGCCUAAGAGAUAACUUUAAUCUCUUGGGUGAGAAAAAUAAGAUCCUGGUGGCCAACAGAGGAGAAAUCCCCAUUAGAAUCUUCCGUACUGCUCAUGAACUGUCCAUGCAGACCGUAGCUAUAUACUCGCAUGAAGAUCGUCUCUCCACACACAAGCAAAAGGCGGACGAAGCAUAUGUGAUUGGUGAAGCGGGCCAGUAUACCCCCGUGGGCGCUUACUUGGCCAUUGAUGAGAUUAUCUCGAUUGCCCAGAGACACCAAGUGGAUUUUAUCCAUCCAGGUUAUGGGUUCUUGUCUGAAAACUCGGAAUUUGCCGACAAAGUGGCGAAGGCAGGCAUCACGUGGAUUGGCCCACCAGCGGAAGUCAUUGACUCCGUGGGAGACAAGGUCUCCGCCAGAAACCUGGCUGCGAAGGCCCAUGUGCCCACCGUCCCCGGUACUCCGGGCCCCAUCGAGACCGUGCAAGAAGCACAGGACUUCGUCGAUAAAUAUGGCUACCCCGUCAUCAUCAAGGCCGCCUUUGGCGGUGGUGGUAGAGGUAUGAGAGUGGUGAGAGAAGGUGACGACGUUGGCGAUGCGUUCCAGCGUGCCACAUCCGAGGCCCGCACCGCCUUCGGCAACGGUACCUGUUUCGUGGAGAGAUUCCUGGACAGGCCAAAACAUAUCGAAGUCCAAUUGCUGGCCGAUAACCACGGUAACGUGGUUCAUCUUUUCGAAAGAGACUGUUCCGUGCAAAGAAGACACCAGAAGGUGGUUGAAGUCGCUCCAGCAAAGACCUUGCCUCGCGAAGUCCGUGACGCCAUUCUCACAGACGCUGUUAGGUUGGCAAAGGAAUGUGGCUACAGAAACGCCGGUACUGCCGAGUUCUUGGUCGACAACCAAAACAGACAUUAUUUCAUCGAAAUCAACCCAAGAAUCCAAGUCGAGCACACCAUCACCGAAGAAAUCACAGGCAUAGACAUUGUAGCCGCCCAGAUCCAAAUCGCGGCCGGUGCCUCUUUGCCCCAACUGGGCUUGUUUCAAGACAAGAUCACCACCCGUGGCUUUGCCAUCCAAUGUCGUAUCACUACAGAAGACCCUGCCAAGAAUUUCCAACCCGACACCGGUAGAAUAGAAGUCUACCGCUCCGCCGGUGGUAACGGUGUCAGACUGGACGGUGGUAAUGCCUACGCGGGGACAAUCAUCUCGCCCCAUUACGAUUCCAUGCUGGUCAAAUGUUCAUGUUCCGGUUCCACUUACGAAAUCGUUCGUAGAAAAAUGAUCCGUGCCUUGAUCGAAUUCAGAAUCAGAGGUGUCAAGACCAACAUUCCCUUCCUUUUGACCCUUUUGACACACCCGGUUUUCAUUGACGGUAGCUACUGGACAACGUUCAUCGAUGAUACCCCGCAACUGUUCCAAAUGGUCUCUUCCAAAAACAGAGCCCAAAAGUUGCUGCACUAUCUAGCUGAUUUGGCUGUCAAUGGUUCCUCUAUAAAGGGCCAAAUUGGUUUGCCCAAGUUGAAGUCGAACCCUAGUGUCCCUCACAUACACGAUUCUAAGGGCAACGUUAUCGACGUUGUGAAGACUGCUCCACCUUCCGGAUGGAGACAAGUGCUACUGGAAAAGGGACCAGCUGAGUUUGCCAAACAAGUAAGACAAUUCAGCGGUACCCUAUUGAUGGAUACCACUUGGAGAGACGCUCAUCAAUCCUUGUUGGCCACAAGAGUCAGAACCCAUGAUCUGGCCACAAUCGCUCCAACUACCGCCCAUGCUCUAGCAGGCGCCUUUGCUUUAGAAUGUUGGGGUGGUGCCACUUUUGAUGUCGCUAUGAGAUUCUUGCAUGAAGAUCCAUGGGAACGUUUAAGAAAAUUAAGAACCUUGGUGCCCAACAUUCCAUUCCAAAUGUUGUUGCGUGGUGCCAACGGUGUCGCCUACUCCUCCUUACCAGAUAACGCCAUUGACCAUUUCGUCAAGCAAGCCAAGGACAACGGUGUUGACAUCUUCAGAGUCUUCGAUGCCUUGAAUGACUUGGACCAACUAAAGGUCGGUGUAGAUGCCGUCAAGAAGGCCGGUGGUGUCGUGGAAGCCACAGUCUGCUUCUCCGGUGAUAUGCUUCAACCAGGUAAGAAAUAUAACCUGGACUACUAUUUGGAGAUUACUGAAAAAAUCGUUCAAAUGGGUACUCAUAUCUUAGGUAUCAAGGAUAUGGCAGGAACCAUGAAGCCAGCCGCCGCUAAACUGUUGAUAGGAUCUAUUAGGGCUAAAUACCCUGAUCUUCCAAUCCAUGUCCAUACACAUGAUUCGGCUGGUACAGCUGUUGCAUCUAUGGCUGCAUGUGCGCUUGCAGGUGCCGAUGUUGUUGAUGUAGCCAUCAACUCGAUGUCUGGUUUGACCUCCCAACCAUCCAUCAACGCUUUGCUAGCUUCUUUGGAAGGUAACAUUGACACUGGUAUCAACGUUGAACAAGUCCGUGAAUUAGACGCCUACUGGGCAGAAAUGAGAUUGCUAUAUUCGUGCUUUGAAGCUGAUUUGAAGGGUCCAGAUCCAGAAGUUUACCAACAUGAAAUUCCAGGUGGUCAAUUGACCAACUUGUUAUUCCAAGCUCAACAAUUGGGUCUUGGUGAACAAUGGGCCGAAACUAAGAGAGCCUACAGAGAAGCUAACUACCUGCUAGGCGAUAUCGUUAAGGUCACACCAACUUCCAAGGUUGUUGGUGACUUGGCCCAAUUCAUGGUUUCAAACAAGCUAAACUCAGAUGACGUCAAACGUCUAGCUAACUCUUUGGAUUUCCCUGAUUCUGUUAUGGACUUCUUUGAAGGUUUGAUCGGUCAACCAUACGGCGGAUUCCCAGAACCAUUAAGAUCUGAUGUGCUAAGAAACAAGAGAAGAAAGUUGACAUGUCGUCCAGGUUUGGAGUUAGAGUCAUUUGAUCUGGAAAAAAUUAGAGAAGAUUUACAAAACAGAUUUGGCGAUGUAGACGAAUGUGACGUUGCCUCUUACAAUAUGUAUCCAAGAGUUUAUGAAGACUUCCAAAAGAUGAAAGAGAAAUACGGUGACUUGUCAGUACUACCAACCAAAUGUUUCUUGUCUCCGCUAGAUACAGAUGAAGAAAUCGAAGUUAUCAUCGAACAAGGUAAAACUUUGAUCAUCAAGUUACAAGCUGUCGGUGACUUAAACAAGAAAACCGGUGAAAGGGAAGUCUACUUUGACUUGAAUGGUGAAAUGAGAAAAAUCCGCGUUGCUGAUAGAUCACAGAAGAUCGAAACUGUCACCAAAUCAAAGGCAGACAUCCACGAUCCAUUGCACAUUGGUUCACCAAUGGCAGGUGUCAUUGUGGAAGUUAAAGUUCAUAAAGGCUCUUUGGUAAAGAAGGGUCAACCAGUAGCUGUUUUGAGUGCCAUGAAAAUGGAAAUGAUCAUCUCUUCUCCAUCAGACGGCCAAGUCAAAGAAGUCUUUGUCACCGAUGGUGAAAAUGUGGACUCUUCCGAUUUGUUGGUCUUAUUGGAAGAUGAAAUUCCCGCUGAGACUAAGGCUUGA